UUGCAAGAAAUGUUGAAUCUCCAAGUCAAAAUAUGAUAGCAACUCCACAUAGUGAAGGUGAAAGUGGAAGAAGAGUUGCAUCAAUUCAUCGUAGAAUUAUAUCUGUACCGAGUUCUCGAGUUGGGCCAUCAAAAGCUGUCGAAUACAAUUCAGUGCCAACUAUUGAAAGAAAAAUAGAAACUCUUCGAAGAUUCCGAAGAGUUCGUAAAUCAGUGACAGCAUAUCCAAAACAUCAUCUUUUACAACCUAUUGAAGUGCCAUUAGACGAAGUCCAACCCAAAGAAGGUCUUAAUUCUACAACAGCUCCGUACACGGAUAAUCAUCAUUCUUGGAAAAAUCCACCAGCUAUUCUACAAUAUCUUUAAGUUGUAAAAAUGUUUUUGUAAUUUUGGUGAUGUGGUAAUUAAAAACUUUUGA